AUGAGCAAAGCCGAAUCAUCUUCCGAGGGGUUUUUUCUUCCAGUUGUUGCAACGUUUACAAUGACUUCUACAGCUGUAUUUCGGAUGUUUAUUGUAAUUUCCUUUAAAAAAAGUACACACAAGGAAGGGCAGAGUUUUUUUUUUGUAGGGUGCCGAAUGUCCGGCCUCUGGAGCUUCCGAGAAACGGCUGCUCCACUGCCCUGCCUGAGUGAUGCCGCAAGAGCAUCUCUCCCCACCGCGGCUAUCGAUGAUUUCAUAGAACACGCGGCCGUUGGGGUAACUGACACCUCAAUGGAGGACCCCGUGAGGGUUUUUGGCCUGGUAAAUGAUGUGGAUGUGGCUGUUCAGGAGCUACAGAACGCGUGGCUUGAGCGCAUUGUGGGUCAUGAGCAGGCAUCCCCUUAUCACCUGCGGCUCUCCCACCAGGAAGUUUCGGGCGCGGUAACUUCACAAACCGAAAACCGUGUCUCCACGGCAGACGGAUAUGAGCCCCUAUCUCCUGAAGAGAUGGCAGUCGUGAAGAGUGUGCUCAAAAUGCCGGGGAAAAGCAAUGAAAGGAAAGCCACUAGUCGUGUACGGCGGCGAGGUCCCACCGUGCCCAGAGCACCCGUGCUGCAUGCCACAGCCUUAGUGUCACAGCGAAAGGAACGGCAAACGUUCAGUGGGGCAAAUGCCGCUGAGGGCACUGGGAUGGCGGUGCAAAAACCAAUUGAUCAUCCAAUUGACAGUUACGAACAGAAGGAGAAGAGUUUGCUUCACAGGGAUUGCAGUGAAAAACGCACAUCAAACUUGACGAGACAUGUUUCUCAGAUGCUUCACUGCACCUUUUUAGAGCGUAUGCAAAGACGAGCUGAAAAACGGCGUCUGGCUCGGUCGGCACUGCGCACUUCACGGUUGCCUGACAGCGCGAAUGGUGAAUUGUCUACCGCGCAAAAUGUUCCAUCGGACAAGUCGAGGAAAAAACAACCGAAUUUACAGUACGAUGCCUUGCCGCUGGAGAUCCAGGUUGCUCUUUUAUCACUCGAGGGAACCCGCAACACGGACGGCGAACUGAAUCGCUAUUUUCAAUAUGAAGCCAUUGCAACUCGGUGGCAUUCUGCUCAUCUAAAUAAAAAGGCAUGGGAAUGCUGGCGUAAAAGACAACGCAUUCGGACCGACGGGAGUGAACACAACGUAGCCACUGAUGCGGCAAGCAGUGCUGCUGGUGCCUGUUCUUUGCUUCAGGCUAAUUGGGGAUCGAAUCUCGGACCACCGCCCCACGCAGAGCUUGCGAAGCUUGACGCAAACAAAAUGCGAAUUCUUCGGUGGUAUUUUGUUCUUUGGGUUGCAUUCUUGGAGACUGCACGUGACGGGGGCGUAAAUCUGGGAAUAUCUGCGGGGGGUGCGUAA